AAAGCACUAUCUUUCGUCCUCCAUAACCUACCUCAUAUCUCGAAUGGAUCCUUUAAAGUAUAUUUUUCAAAAACUUAUGCCCACAGGCAGAUUGGCGAAGUGGCAGAUUUUACUUACAGAAUUCGACAUUGUGUACGUUACUCGUACCACUAUGAAAGCGCAAGCAUUGGCCGAUCAUUUGGCAGAGAAUCCAGUUGACAAUGAUUAUGAGCCUUUGCAAACUUACUUUCCUGAUGAAGAGAUAAAUUCAAUUGAGGAAGAAGUUCAAGAUGAUAUGUAUGCAUGGCAAUUAUAUUUUGAUGGGGCAGUCAAUGUCAAAGGAGUAGGAAUUGGGGCAGUUCUUGUCUCACCAACCGGGCAUCAUCAUCCCGCCACAGCACGACUUCGUUUCUUUUGUACUAAUAACACAGCAGAAUAUGAAGCUUGCAUCAUGGGGUUAAAUAUGACAAUAAAUCUGGAUGUGCACAAGCUAAUGGUGUUGGGAGAUUCUGAAUUACUCAUUCAACAAAUUCAAGGUGAAUGGGAAACGAGAGAUAUCAAAAUCAUUCCAUACAAACAGUUCGUAGUGGACCUCAGCAAAAGGUUUGAGUCUAUCGAGUUUAGACAUAUUCCCAGAUCCCAUAAUGAGCUGGCUGAUGCGCUGGCUACCCUAGCUUCUAUGCUCCCGUACCCAGGAAAUACGCAUUUCGACCCAUUAGAGAUACAGAUACGAGAUCAACAUGGUUAUUGCAAUAUAAUUGAUGCAGAACUAGAUAAUGAACCUUGGUACUAUGAUAUCAAACGCUUCCUAAAGUCAAAAGAAUAUCCAAUACACGCCAAAGCAGAUAAACAAAGAACCAUUAGGAGACUUGCUAAUGGUUUCUUCUUAAGUGGGGAGAUCCUGUACAAACGAACCCCAGACUUGAACUUGUUGAGAUCUGUUAAUAUUCAGGAAGCUGAAAGAAUCAUGAAUGAGGUACAUUCGGGGGUGUGUGGUUCGCAUAUGAAUGGCUAUGUUUUGGAAAAGAAGAUCAUGCGGGCAGGAUAUUAUUGGUUAACUAUGGAGCGAGAUUGCUUUUGCUUUGUUCGCAAGUGUCAUCAGUGUCAAAUUCAUGGUGAUUUGAUUCACUUGCCACCUUCAGAGCUGCAUCCUAUGUCUGCUCCUUAGCCAUUCGUUGCUUGGGGCAUGGAUGUAAUCGGUCCAAUAGAACCAAAAGCUUCUAAUGGGCAUCGAUUCAUACUGGUCGCUAUUGACUAUUUCACCAAAUGGGUAGAAGCUGCCACUUUCAAAUCAGUCACGAAGAAAAUAGUAGUGGAUUUUGUUCAUUCGAACAUCAUAUGUCGUUUUGGUAUACCAAAGUCCAUUGUCACGGACAACGCAACCAAUCUCAAUAGUCAUCUAAUGAAGGAAGUUUGUGAGCAAUUCAAGAUCAUGCAUCAUCAUUCUACCCCUUACCGUCCUAAAGCAAAUGGAGCCGUUGAAGCAGCAAACAAGAAUAUUAAAAAGAUUCUUAGGAAAAUGGUCCAAGGAUCUUGACGACAGUGGCAUGAGAAAUUACCGUUUGCUCUUUUAGGAUAUCGCACAAAUAUCCGUACAUCGACUGGCACAACUCCUUAUUUACUAGUCUAUGGGAUCGAAGCUGUAAUACCCGCUGAAGUCGAAAUUCCCUCGCUUCGAAUCAUUAGUGAAGCCGAAAUUGACGAUACUGAAUGGGUCAAGUCUAGACUAGAACAAUUAUCAUUAAUCGAUGAAAAGAGGUUGACGGCAGUUUGCUUCGGUCAAUUAUACCAGAAAAGGAUGGCGCGAGCUUACAAUAAGAAGGUACGUCCUAGAAAAUUCGAGGCCGGUCAACUUGUGGUAAAAUGUAUCCUUCCACACCAAGAAGAGGCUAAAGGAAAGUUUGCUCCAAACUGGCAAGGUCCAUACAUAGUCAGACAAGUAUUAUCAAAUGGGGCUUUGCAACUUACGGAUCUGGAUGG